AUGGGGAAUCAAGCUGAUAAGAAGUUCACUUGGGUGAUUAAGAAAUUCUCCUCUUUUGCAUAUCGUAGUGAAAUUUAUUCUGAUAUAUUCGUGGCGGGUGGCUGCAAAUGGCGUCUACUCGCCUUUCCCAAGGGAAAUAAUAGUGACUUUAUGUGUAGUUACUUCUCUCUAUAUCUAUUUGUUCCUAAUUCUGAGUCUUUGCCUUCCGGAUGGAGUAGACACGCUAAAUUUUCAUUUACUAUGGUAAAUCAAAUUCCUGAAGGACUCUCCCAACUGCGAGAAGCAGAAUACUGGUUUGAUCAAGAGAACACAAUCAUGGGUUUUCAGUACAUGUUUCGCCUUGCGGAGUUUAAAGGCAGCGAUAAAGGUCUUCUGGUAAAUGGAGAAGUCAAAAUUGUCGCAGAAGUAGAUGUUCUUGAAGUUAUUGGUACACUAGAUGUACCACCAGAGAAACCAAAAAGCAUUGAUAUCAAUGGGUUUCAAGUCCCUUCUUCACAGGUAGAAUCUGUGUACAGUCUGGUGAACGCAUAUUCUACACUGCGAUUCGUGAGAAAAGCAAGGAUUAAUUAUGAUUGGUUGGAGAAGAAACUGAAAGAGACUGGUAAGACUCGGCUGCAAGAAAUUGAGCAAGAGUUGAAGGACUUGAGGGUGAAGUGUGCAGACAUGGAGGCUCUGCUUGAAUUCUUACGAUGA